AUGACAAAUGUGCCGGGGUAACGGGCAAUCGUUGCUAGGGACUACCCGGUGUUUGAAUGUGGAGCACGGGUCUUCUAUGCGGACCAGUAGCCUAUGUGAGCUUGUAUACAUAAAUAUAUACUGUCUGGGAAGAACAAGUGUGACUGGAAUAUAAUUUUGUGGAAGGUACUAUCAAACAUCAGACAUGUCGCAGGUAGGAAUACCUCGACCAGCCUCGAUGGGGCAAAAAAUGGGAGUCAGCCUGCCCCAGAUUGAGCAUCCCUUGUCUCGCAUGGGUAAUCCCACAAACAUGGACAUAAGAGGAGUAUCCCGGUCCGGGGACCGACCUCUCUCCCACCCCGCGGGACGACCCCUUGCCAACGAGAAUGUGUAUAGCGGUAGAAAGAGCGUGAGUGCAUACGGUCGGGACAGCAGGCUGGGCUCUAGACAGAUGAUGCAGGCGCCCCUCCCCAUAGAUAGUAUUCCCGAAGGGGUGGAGGUCACGUAUGGAGACCCAGCGAAGACCAGGCUACCCGUGUUUGGAAGUCGUGCCGACGUGGGCAGCCGUAUGGAUAAUGGAGCCCCGCCCAGCAGGAUGUCGUCUCGGCUCUCACAGGUCUCUACCCAGGCCAGGCUGGAGAUCGACGAAAUAGAGACAAUGCUGAAGCAAAGAAUAAAGGGAAGCUAUUACGAAAUCAAGAAGAAGUUUAAGGACAAUGAUCCAGAGCAAAAAGGGAAUGUAUCCAGAGAGGCCUUCUACAGGAUCCUGAUGACCAUCUUGAACAGGAACGUGUCACAGAACGUGUUUAACAGGCUGAUGGACAGACUGGGCUUCAAGGACAAACAGAUCAUCAACUACAGCGAGUUCUUCGCCUACUUCCACGAGGCCCAGGCUCAAAACGACUACCCCCGCUGGAUGGACCCUGUUCAGAGAAUGUGGCCAGACAAAGCAAUAAUGACGUCAUCUCAAGUCCAUGCCCAACUUAAAGAGAAAGUCCGACAAAAAUUCCUAGAUAUUGCCGAUUUAAUACCUCAAAUGAAUCCUGGAGGCACUGGAAGAAUACUGAAACCAGAAUUUAAGCAAAUGCUGAAUAAGUUAAUGUUUUACAUGGAAGACACAGAAUUUGAGAAACUGUGGAAAAAGUACGACCCCAAUAAUAGCGGCACUGUGAAUGGAGCCCAGUUCCUGAACGCUCUGGGAAUUCAGAUGGAGAAUGGAGGAGAGGAGAGACAGGCGUCUCCUCAACUUAUCACCGGAAAAGACGGGAAGAAGGUGGCUAAAAAGGUGACAUUGAAGGAAGGACCGUCCUCUAAUAGAACCCCUAGGAAGAAAGAAAUCGAAAGGAAGCAAUCCCUGGACAUAGAGCGCUGGCUGAAGAACAAGUUCAGAGAGGGUUGUCACCAAAUGCAAGAGGCGUUUGAAGCCAAAGACCCAACCAACAGCGGCGUGGUAAGCUUUGACGUCUUUCUGGAGGUCCUGGCCCAGUAUCACCUUAAGCUGGAGAAGAAGUUACUGGCCGCCUUCUUGUCCCGAUGCGCCGUGCAGGCUCGCAGAGAUGGGGUUCCCUACAGGGAUUUCCUUCACCGAUUCCAAGAUCGCUCUGAAGUCGGCAUGACCCACAAUAUCCUGACCAAUACAAAGCACAGGGUGAAUGACCGACCCGCCAGUCCUAGCCAGGUGUCCACCAUGAGUGGUAUCGAGGUCCAAGUAAUGAAUAUGUUCCAGAGAGACUUCCUGGCCCUCCUCGGCACCUUUAAGAGCAUAGACAAGUUGGGUCUGAACGUGAUAAGUCAAGAGGAGUUCCGAGCGGCCAUCGAGAGUCGGUUCAACUUCCAUCUCCAGGACGACCAGUUCGAUGCUUUCGUGGAUAGACUUCCUCUGGACGAGGAUGGAAACAUCAAAUACGCUGACUUCAUGCAACAGUUUGACACAAAGGGUAAAGCUAAGAGCCUAUUCGAAAAACAACCGGGCGUUGAUUUGAGCGGUCCUCCUAAAGUACCCAGUCCGAUCCUGGAGGUGAGCCCCCCUGAGGCUGAUGAGGGGGUGGAUCGACUGGUGGUGGACGAGCCGGUGUUCGCUGACUACGCUCAGGUCCGCCGCUCUCCACAGGAACUCUUCAAAGUCAUCAAAGACCUCAUGAACAGACGAUUCCAAGAUAUAGAACGAGUAUUUUACGAGUUAGAUGAAAUUAACAGCGAAAGAUUGUCGCAAGAAAUGAUGUUCCAACUUUUGAAGAGAUUCGAUAUCAGACCAGAAGUUUCCCGCGGAGAAAUCAGAGACCUAUGGAAAACGUUCAUCACCAACACAGACAAGACCUUGGACUACAAUGAGUUUGUCCGCCACUUUGGGUUCUCCAAGAAGUCGGCCUCCUUCCCCAAUGCUAAGAUGAACCCUCCCAAGAGAGGCGAUGCUGACUUCAUGAUCAGAUCGAGAAAGCUCAAUUGUGCCGCAGACAUGUUGGAGGAUAGUUUGAGAUCAAAGGUUGAUUACAUGUGGGAAGACCUGAGGAAGGAGUUUGUAGAGAUGGAUCCUUACGGCACAGGAUUUAUCUCUAGAGAGGAGUUCAAGGACGUCCUGACCGAACUCUGCGUCCACCUGAGCGAGUUUGAGAUCAACAAACUGAGCGACAAAUUCGACUUGAAACGAGACGGACGCGUUUCCUAUAUCGAGUUUUUGAAGCCGUUUGCUCUAAGGAAACAAAUCUGGCGCCAUGGUAACAACAUGCUUUCUCUUCUUGCUCAUCCACAACCGGAACUGCCAAUCCACGACAUUGUUGAGCCCCCACAGAAGGGCCUCCAUGGCAUCACCUCCAAACUGAGGCAAAAGCUUGCGGGAGACUGGAAAAACCUCCGACGGGCUUUCAGAAAACUAGACACUCGGAACGAGGGCUACCUGUCGGUGCCAGAGUUCCGCUCAGUGCUGAAGCUAGCCAACGUCAUCCUAGACGAAGACGAGGUCUACCACGUGCUCACCCAGUUUGACCACAACAUGUCUGGCAAAAUUCCAUACGAAAAGUUCAUUGAAGAAACAUUUAAACCCCCAACAAGACAGAGUGUACGAAAAAUCUAAUUAACCUUGUUAACAAAUGUCAAGUUAUGAUGAAUGAAGCCUGCUUACGAGGUGUUAGCGACUGUGCAUGAUUGUUUAAAUAUGAACGCCGAUUACAAUAUAUUUUAAAGACUCCCUUCCCAAAUAUGUCACCAUUAUUCUCAUACCUGCAUUAUAUUUAUUGGUAAGGAUGUGACGUAAUAUGCUUAUCAUGCUUCGCGCCAUUUAUUCGUCCGCGAGUCCGGGCGUUGUUGUGAUGAUUUUGUGGUGCAUCUCUCAGUUUGUUUUAGAUUCCAGAUAUUGUGUAUUUAUAUUUAUUUCUUCAGUAUUAAAAGGUUUAGGUGUGCACGCAAUGGAUUCACAGACGAGAUAAAAUGAACAAUCUAAUUUUUACUCUGGAUGCACCCAAAUAAAUCCGUUAGUAUGCCCAAUUUAAUAUGAAAACCUUAUUUUGUGAUAGUAUUAAUUACGUGUUUGAUAUUUUGUAUAUUGAAGUCUAGCGAUAUUUGUAGCACAAUCUAUUCACGACUUAUAGUAUACAACUCGGCAAAGGACUGGUGCCGAUGUGAUCAGAAACUGUGAUAUUUCUUUGUCUAUCCACUAACAUUUAUUUGUUACAAUAUCGUUUUACAAUAAACUUGUAUUUUUUUUAAA